AUGCAAAACUUGGGGAUAAGGUCAAGUGGGUCACAACGCAAUUUCCCAACUCCAACGCCCAGCACCCCUCGCAACUCGCUGAGCCCAGAGAGUACGACUCCUGAUUCGACCAGGCGUCGACGGUCAGGAUCUCGACGGCGAUCUAGUUCUCGUAUAAACGAGGACCCUUAUAGGGUCGAAGAUGAACAGCCUCCAGAGGAGCCCUUCCAUCGUCAGGACUUCCAGCGUGGAUAUAAAGACGCGAAGGGACUCGUCGCUGGUUUGGUAUCGGUGUUGCGGCAGUUACCAUUACAUACUGAGUCGGGGUCGAAAUUCGCUAGUCUCUAUGAGCGUGCACAGAACUUGAGUGCAUUUGAAUGUCCCUCAACCCGUACAGUCGGCCUCAUUGGAGACUCGGGGGCAGGCAAGAGUAGUCUCCUGAAUACGCUGUUGGAUAUCAAAGGUUUGGCCAAGACUAGCAACAGCGGCGCUGCGUGUACAUGCGUAGUGACCGAGUUCCACCACCACAAUCGAGAUGAUUUCAUUAUCGUGGUGGACUACUUCAACGAGGCUGAGAUUACCGACCAAUUCCGUGACCUGCUAGAUGGCUAUCGGAGAUACCAUCUCCGCGACCAGUCUGAUCCUGAGGACGGGGGCGAGGGUUUCAGGGAACACGCUGCCCUUGCUCGAGACACCUUCCGGGCUGCAUUUGGGACUCGUCUGAGGCGAAAUGAAGGGUUUCUCUUGGAUGAGCCAAUGGCAACACCCCUGAAUAGGCUUCUUGAUUGGGCUAAGGAGUUGGAUACCCCCCUGCGUGACGGAGAUGUCAAUGCCCAAAGGAGACAUAUGGCUACCACUGCUGAAGCGUGCUCCACGCGAUUGAUGGAGCUGACUUCGAGCUCCGAACGGGAUGGAGGAGCAUGGCCAUUCAUUUGCAAGAUUAGCAUCUAUUUGAAAGCAUACAUCCUGAGUAAAGGUCUUAUCUUAGCCGAUCUUCCUGGCCUAAGGGACAUCAAUUCAGCUCGAACGAAAGUCACCGAACGUUACAUGCUGAAUUGUGACGAGAUCUUUGCCGUCUGCAAGAUCGGUCGUGCCACGACUGAUGUUGGUGUGCGGGAUGUACUCCAGCUUGCCCGAAGAGUUAACUUGAGGAAUAUCGGAAUAAUUUGUACACAGGCCGAUGAUAUUCGAGCAGAUGAGGCGAGGCGCGAUUGGCGUGGUGAAGACGGAACAACUCUCAAUGGAUUGAUGGAAGAGCUUCAAACCGAUCGCGACCGAAUCAGUCACACUAACAGUGAGCUUGAAGAUAUUGAAGGCGAUAACCCUGAGGAAAUGGAUGGUGAAGACAGCAAGGAGUAUUGGCAGCUCAAAAACGACAAGAAAUCCUUCGAGGCAUCGGAGGAACGCCAUAAGUUCCAGCUGAAAUCGCAUCUCAUGACAACCCGAAGUCGUAAUGUCAUGCGGAAACUGACUGAGGAAUACAAUGGAAAAUUCCCUAACAUCGAGUUAACCACGUUUUGCGUAAGCAACACGGACUAUUGGAACUUUCGAAAGAAACCACGGGAGAAGGCCCAGCCAUACAUGGACCUAAGCGGCAUUCCCGGAAUUCGGAAACAUUGUAUCUCCAUUGUUGCGCAAAGUCAGCUCCGUGCUGCAAAAGGAUACAUCGAACAUGAGAUUCCAGCACUGCUCGGGUCUAUUGAGCUAUGGGUUCAAUCCGGUGCGGGAGGUAUUGACGCUGGACGAAAAGAAGCUAUCCGCAAUCUGAUCGAUGAUGUCGACAAGCAACUCCUGGUUCUCACGAUGCCAGGCUCGGGCUUAAGCAAAAACGUAAUGAUCAGGAAGAGAACAUUUAAAGAGCUUAUACCUCGAAACAUGAGAGUCCAGAGCUACCCAUGGACCCUCGCUGCUAAAGCCGCCAGUCUCGACUGGAAUGAGUGGCAUCACAGUACCUAUGCAGCCUUUUGCCGAAAUUACGGGGAUCACUCUACGGAAAAGGUUGGAUCUCGCUGUUGGAAUGACGAGGCGAUGCAGGCGAUGGUAACUACUAUGGCCGAGCAUUGGGAUAGACUAUGCCAAGGUCUCGAAGAUCAGAAUGUUCAGGAUUGUAGUCUGAUUGGAGAGACUUUGGAUACCAUACUCCAGUCCCUAUCUACCACCACCGCUAUCCCAGUCAACACGAUAAGAACCUUGGGUGGCACGCUCCAACAUAGACGUGGUCUCCUUCUUGAUGAAGUAGAACGGACACAAGAGUCAUUUGAGGACGAUCUUCGACAAAUCGAAAGAGACACUUUCACCGGGAUACGUAGCUCCAUUAUUGGCGAGCUUAUGGAAGGAUCCUACCGAAGCUGCAAUCUCGAAGGAGGACGCGGUAGUCAUGGACGGCGCAAGGAUAUCAUCAGUCGCCGCUUUGGUGAUGGAGAGCUAUUCAUAGAGCUCCGAAAGCGUUGCAGUGAAAAAUUUUACUGGUGGGUAGAUGACCUAGAAAGGAGAAUUCAAGAAGUCGUUGCUUCCAAUCUGGAUGCGGUGCAGGCGGAUCUGGAUAUGUUGAGGAAUGAAAAUGCGGCGGUGGAAGGAGAACGAUAUCCCGAGUUGCAGAGACAAGUGUCUUCAGAAGUCGAACGUAUCGGUCGGGAGAUGGAGAGAAUUAAUGGGGAGCUGAGGGAUUUUCUAGUUGUGUGACGUUCGCUUGCUACGUUGGCUGCUGCAAAGGCUUAUCUCGUUUCUCAAUUGGAUUUUAACGAUGGUACAAAUACGAACAACUAUAUUUUUGAGCAUCCAGUGCUACUAAGGAACGGGAGAAGAUAAA